AUGACAUCAUCCUCAGGUGCCUCAGCUGCAGAUAAAACAGCCAAGUCCAUUGGUGAUCUUUCAGCAAAGGUGCAUUCUGGUUCUUCAGCGAGGGAGAAUUCAACGUCAUCUAAGAAGACAUUAGAUUUGGAGCCUAACCCUUUCGAGCAAUCUUUCGCUCAAAAUAAGGUUAAAGGCAAUAGUCGCGUUCGAGGACAAAACUCCAACCAAGGAACGUCGUCUUCCUUUUUGCAGAGUCAUGCAACAAGAACGAAUCAAAAUGGCAUAACACAGCAAGUAUUUCCGCAAUCUAUUUCGCCGCCAAUAUUAACACCAGGUGGAAGUAGAAGAUUACCGCCGACCAGCGUACUUCCACCGCUGGUAGGAAUGCUGACACCUGGUGGAGGAUCAUUGCCUGGGACCCCAGGUAUUUGGUCGGCCCUUUUAGGAGCUGGAGUUACCCCAGGUAGUGCAACAUCACCUUACUUUAAUAUACCAGCAUUGGCAGAUUCUGCCCAAGGUGUUAGGCCACAGACAUCCCAAAUGUUGCCAAAUUCGUCAUCACGCCAAUCGCAGGGUAUUCAACCUCAACACCAGAAACAGCGGCAACAGCAUCAAAGGCAGGCAGUUCAGUUAGGGCAGACAUAUUAUGCGGAAAAAGAAGGUAUCAACGCUGAUGACACGUCUUUGCUAAGGGGGGGAAAUGCUAAUACAGGAUUUGUUCCGCAGCUUCCAGCACGUUUGCCAAGUGUUGGAAGUAUCAACGGAUUGAUGGGAUCUAUUCCUAGCUUUACCACAACGCCGGGUGGUUCCGUAUCCACCCUUUCAGUUCAACCCAACCCGGAUGGGUCUGCUACAGAUGCUAACAGCGAUGGAACGGGUCAAACAAUUAUUGGUCUUAAAAUGUCCGAUGACGUGGCAAAUUCAGCAACACCUAGACGCAAGAGAGAAGUCAGUAAGAUGGCUAAAGAGCCAGCCAAUAAGAAAAAAAAAGUUGAUGAUAAGGCACGAAAAGCAAAAUUAAAUGUGGUAAAGGCUAAGCAUGGUAAAGUUGGUAGAAAGAGAAAAUCACGUAAUGAUAUGACUGAGGAGGAAAAAAGAAGGAAUUUCUUAGAGCGGAAUAGGCUGGCAGCUUCUAAAUGUAGACAGCGGAAGAAGAAAAUGGUUGAGAAAAUGAAAGAAGAUUUACAAUUCUAUACUUCCCAGUAUAGCACGUUAACAUCCCAUAUAAGUAUCCUCAGAGAGCAUGUUCUGACCCUCAGAACAAUUUUAUAUGCUCACAAGGGAUGCCAAAAGCUUAUAGAACAGGUUGGUGGAGUCGAAACCUUAAAUACCUUGCUCAAUGGUACAAAUUACGUUUCGCAGCUCCCCCAAGCUCACCAUGUGCCAACCCCUCCUUCUGUACAGCUGCAAGGAAUAGCUUCGCCGGCGAAAUUAGAUAAUAAUGAUCUAAAUACCUCCCGUCUCCCAACCAGGAAUUUCUUGGGUAAUAAUAACCAAUCACAGAGCAAGGUAUCUGCUCGAGAAUCUGUGGUUAGUUCCAACAGUUCCGCUCUGAACAAUUCCCUCAUGAACACCCCAGCAUCAAAUACCACUAAUGGAGCCAGUGCAAAUGUUUCUGAGCUGAAUUUACAAGGAGGUUCGCCUCCUCAAGCUGCUGUUGCUGCUGCCGUUGCAUUAAGUGCUAAUAGCCUGAUAAAUAGGCAUCAAAAUGCUAGAAUUCAUAAUUAG